AUGGUUCUGGUGACGGUCCUGACCAGAGCCCAUCUGGGUCACACCCUCUGCCCUCCACCUGGCACCUCCCUUACCUCGCUCUACCCAGAACACAUUGGUCUGCAGCUGGCCAUCUUAGCAGCUCAGAGACGAGGCGAAGACGUGGAGACCUCUAAGAAAUGGGCUGCUGGGCAGAACAAGCAGCACUCCAUCACCAAGAACACAGCCAAGCUGGACCGGGAGACGGAAGAGCUGCAUCACGACCGGGUGACUCUGGAGGUGGGCAAGGUGAUCCAGCGGGGCCGACAGAGCAAGGGGCUGACACAGAAGGACCUGGCCACGAAAAUCAAUGAAAAGCCACAAGUCAUCGCGGACUAUGAGAGUGGACGGGCCAUUCCAAAUAACCAGGUUCUGGGCAAAAUUGAAAGAGCCAUCGGCCUCAAGCUCAGAGGCAAGGACAUCGGGAAGCCCAUCGAGAAGGGCCCGCGAGCGAAAUGAGCACAAAGCCUCGAAA